ACCGUUGCAGAUUUGAUCCGACGGUCAAAAUCCACCUGGAGCCCAUCGGACGGACCAGACACGCGAUCAGCAGCAGCACUCGAGAAUCGCCGUGAAGCGUCCGAGACAAGCUUCCUUCACUCUCUCACAAAUUAACUCCGGCCUCAGCCUCCUCCCAGGCUCUCAACUCAGCUACCCACUCCGGCGAGCAUGGCGGCGGAGGCAGCGGCGCGCGGAGAGGGCCACGACGACGGCUACUUCCCCAUUCUCGAGGCUUCGAGGAGGCUGAGGAAUCGGGUGAUCAUGAUGUUGUGGAUGCGUAUGCUUCUCAGGCAGCUGGUCGUGAGAUGGUGGCUGCGCGUGCAUUUCAGGCGGUUCAUGUGGGUGUGGCAUCUGCGGGUUCUUCGGGCUCGGGUUCGUCUGUUUCUUUGGAGGAUUCGGCAUGACCACCUUGUCUACAUCUUGGACACCAUCAUGGUUUUGGCAUACGUCGUAUUCAAGAUCAAUGCCAGCUUCAUAGGCUACAUCGAAUUCGUUAAACUUAAUUGCUCAUCUGCACAACACCAGUUUCUCAUGGUGUUCCCUCUCGUCUUCAUGCUAACCGUACUCGGUGCCUUCAUCUGCACAGCCGUCAGAACUUUUAUGGACGCUGUAAUUUUCUCGUUACCGUUGCAGGUUAGCCAUUAUUUUCUUGUUCCACCCCAAACUUUUGAAACCUGACAAUGGUAGUAUGAUAAUCCUAUUGCUACAUUGAAUUCGUGUUAUUCUAUUGCAUUUAACUUUUUUUUUCUGCUGACUUCAUCUGCUGCUUGUACAGCUUCAUUGGUUGGCGAUGAGUAGUGAGAUCGCUUUCAAUUUUAGAAGCUCUAAUGUUCAGUUCUGUUGUGGUUGUAUGAUUAGCCAAGCAGUUUCAUGUCAUUUGAACAGUUGUUGCUUCCACUUCGAUUGUUCUGCCGUAAAGAGACUUAGUUUGCCAACUAAAAUUGUGCGCAACUCGACUAAUUAAUCAUGCAUGUUUGUGCCGUUAUAUAUAGGCUUAUAGCCUACAGCUUAAUGAUUCGAUUCCUAGAUCAAUACCAACUGCAGUUACAGUGCAUUCAUCUUGUUAUAGUUACUUAGUUAGCUAUAUGGUCGUUGGUCACUGCUAUGUCAAGUUCAUAUGGCUUAAUUAAUUGUUUCAUUUCUAGCUCCAUGCCCUUUACCAUCAUUGUGCAUUUUGUUGAUCUCGGUUUACCACCAGUUUAUGUGAUAUAAACCAACCCUUGCUUAACUGAUGUGCUUAUCUU